AUGGUGGCAUCCCUCAAGUUUCGCUCCUUGGCACUGGUCAUCUUGCCAUUCGCCCAUGGGUUUAUUCAUCCAAUGAGCCUUCCACAGAAGAAAUGCAGCACUCCUUCUUCUUCUGUUGAUCGCGCCAAUCAUCAUGGGAGUCAUUCUCAUCCAAAGGAAACGCUUCUUCAUUCCUUUGCCGGUGGAGAGUUGACUGCUGUCGAUGCCUUUUUCCAAACAUCUCCGUACGUAUCUGCCUUUUUGACGUGUUCUGUGAAAGCAUCGGCUGCCGAUUGGGUGGCGCAAAGCAUGCAACAAGAGGAAGAAGAACGAAACUGGAAUCGCAACUUGGCAUUUAUUGCCUACGGAGGAAUCUAUCAAGGAUGCAUCCAGUCAUUCAUCUUUGGAGUCCUAUUUCCCAUGUGGUUUCCGGAUCCUACGAUUCAUUCCAUUCUGACACAAGUGGCCAUUGAUACUUUGAUUUUGGGUCCACUAGUGUGCAUGCCCACUGUGUAUACCAUGAAGGCCGUGUUUGCAGGAGAAACAGACCCCACGGCGGGAAUUACCAAAUACUUGGAUCAUGUCCAACACAAGGGUAUCUUGUUCAAGUACUGGUCCAUUUGGGGACCCGUCCAAGCACUCAACUUUGCACUGGUUCCACCUCAUUUACGAGUGUACGUGGUGGCCAUGGUGUCCUUCUUUUGGAUUUGUCUCUUGUCUAUGGUGUCCUCGUCGUCUUCUUCUGUGGAAGAAAUGGAGGAGGAGGAUCGCUUCAUGACACACCAGCACCAACAGGCAGAUGGCGCUUCAUCUACCUCCACCAAUCCGUCUCUACAGCUUCUUCCCAUCCCGGUUCUUUCUUCGGGGCAUGCAUCGUAUGAACAUGCUCAGUCCAUGAGUCAAGAGUCUCACUGGAGGCGAUGA